AUGGCAGCUUCAGUGACCAGGGAUGUGGAAGCUUUGAUAGAUCUGUUUAUGUCACCCACAUUUGACCCGUUUGAAUCUGAAAGCCCUGCAGUAUCUACAGAUGAUGAAGAUGAUGGAGGGGGUUAUGAGGCUGCAGCUGACAGUGAUUCAGACGAUGAUAUAAAGGAAGAGGAGUACAGACUUCCACAACCAGCGAUUCAUUAUGGGCAUUCAACAGUACGUUUCGGCCAAAUUCUUGCCAAGAUGGGAGAUGAGUUUUUUCAUUCAUACACACCAAGCAGAACAUCAAGCAAGACAGUAUACGGACUUUGCACUAUAAUCUUUUCUCAGGACACAGAUCCCGAUGCUGAGCGGAAAAAACAAGAAGCCUGGGAGGAUUUUAAGGGCAUCUUGAACAACGCAGUGUCUGACAAUGUCACGGGUGAUGCUUUCAAAUUACUAGGAGCUCUUCUUCUUUCACUUCGUGGUUUGUCUGAUAUGGCUUCAGGAAUCAAGGGUUUGGCACACUCCUUUUUUAUACGAUACAUCCGAGAGAAGGAGUUGGAUGUUGAAAUGCAGCGAUUGGGUGGUUUG